AUGGCUAAGAGGCUAACGCGCUAGCUCCUCCGAGCAGACGGUGGAGAAGGAGCCGAGCAAGAAAAUUAGAAGAAUAUAAAUAAUAUGCAUUUAUAUGCAAAAAAAAUAUUGAACCGAUGAUAAAAAAAAUAAAUAAGAGUGCAUCUGUGGCUCCGGAUCCAGAACAGGAUUAGGUCUAGUCCUGUUUUUCUAGUCUAGUUUUAUUUUUUAAACAAUAUCCUCAAUCUAAAGUCCGAACGCUUUUCUUAGAAAUUACAAAUGAUUUGGGAUUUUUCGUUUCAUAAAUAAUAAUAAUAAAAAAAACAAGGACACAAAUGCCUGCACCUGCUGCAAGUUCAUCACUGGAUUACUGCAAAUUCCAAAAACCUCAAGCGAAUAUUUCAUUACUGACCACAAUGCUGUAACGAAUCCUGUAAACGCUGUGACAUUAUGUAACAGCAUGACAAAAACACUGUUAUACACGGACAGGAACUAAUUCUCCGAGACUCGAAAGCACUUCAGGUAAACUCUGUAUUAUUAACGUUCCAUAAAUGAGGUGAGUGAGCUUACCUGCCCACAUUCCUGACGUUUUAACGGCACGUUUCUCUGCACGCAUCCACCCCCACGUACACAAAUGAAGAUGCUUACCACCAUGACAUACCGGAUGCCCAACUUUACCUUGGAGCAGAAGCUCUACCUGCUGCAGAAGAUCCACAGCGUGGUGGAUGCCGUGCAGGACUUCCGCAAGGACACCAACACCACUGUGUACCGCAACGCUGUGUGGGCCGAGCUGGCACAGGCCUUCAACGAGGCCUUUCCCAACCGACCGCCCAGCAGCGUCGGCUCUCUCAAAACACUGUGGAAGCGGCUGAAGGUGGAGUGUCGCGUGGCGUUGCAGAGACGUCAGGAACAGCAAGCAGCCGGCAUGCCUCUCACUGCUCUCACUCAGGUGCAGCGGGAGGUGAUGGCUCUGGUGCCAAACCUGAUCUCCAAUUUCGAGGACAUGGAUGGAGAUGGCAGCUGUGCCUUGGCCACAAACAGCUCGCCUGGAGCAGUGACUGGGGCUUCCAAUGGAAACGAGCAGGAGGAUCCUGACCAAAACAAUGACGUUGACAGUAAAGAGCUUGUAGCCAUUGACCUUGGCUUAGUCUCGCCUGCUGAACCCCUGCAGAACUCUGGGACGCCCCCUGGCUCUGCAUCCUCUCCCCCCUCCAAUAUCUUCUUCUCUCAUUCCAGCACUUCAAGGAGCACCCAAAACCGCUCCUCUGUCUUCUACCCCAGCCAAUCCCGAUCUGGCUCAGGUUCGGGGUCGAGAGCUGCAAGCACUGACCCCCCACGCAGAAUAUCAGCAGUACCUCAUGUGGCCCCGUCUGCACCGAUCGAGAACUCAUUCUUGUUUCGGGACUCUCAGGGCUUAGGCUCCGGGUGGGAGACUCGCAGGCAGGAGGCACUUGAGCUUGAGCACCAGCAGACCAUGAGUCUGCUUCUGCUGCAGCAGUGUGUGUGGGAGGAGAAGAGAAGAGCCGCCCGGCAGAAGGAGAAGGCAGCGCGGGCCAAAAAGCGCUACUACCAGGCCAAACUGCACAAACUGGGGGUUGACAUUCAGCUUUCCAGCAGCGACAGCGAUGAAGGGGGAGAAAACCCCCAAACAUAAGCACUGAUUUUCCUCAAGUGUCUUUUGUAGAGUCGUUUAUGUGUGUUUGUGUUUUUUAUUGACGUACUUUUUUCUUUUUUCCUUUUUUUUUAAUCUUGAUACAAAAACAGAUUUUAUUUUUUAGUAAUCCUGUAUUAUAGGUCCAGUAUUUGUCACUUUCUGUCAUUUAUGUUAGUAUGUGAAAAAACUGUGUCAGUUUUGUGUAUCAGUACUACUCAACCCGUUUCAACUCUAAAGCCUCCUCAUUUAAAGUAGCUCUGGGUGCAACAAAAUAUGGUGGAACUCGACGGUUAUGAGAUUUCUCAGGUUUUUUGUUUUCACUGUUUUACAAUGUCUGUAAUGGCAAGUUGACGUGUGACCUUUUAAGGGCUGAUCACUGAUGAGAGGCUGAAAUUGUGUCUGAAUAUGUAUUGUGGUAUUAUCUUAAAAAAAAAAAAAAGAAAGAAAAGAAAAGAAAUGAUGUUGCACAAACUGCGAACUGUUAGAUGUAACAGUGACAAUUUUGCUUUUUACAGUGUUCAUCGAGAAGGUGAGAAGAAUGUGUUUUAGUGUUUUGAUGUUGUAAUUCUGGGUGUACAUCAGUAUAAUUAUUCAUUCUCAGGGCUGUUUGUCUGGACAGUAGACUCCUGGAAACAGGAAAUUGUCAACAAACUUCAUCAACCAAUACCAUUUUUAAAUACAUUCAGGAAAAAAAAAAAACUACAAGACUCAAACACUGCUAGCAAUAAUUUUUUUUUUUUAAUGUCCAACAUAUCUCUUGUACGGUUUCUGUGGUAACCAACAAACCUCGGCAGCUGUUUUCCCAACUGGAACCCUCCACCAUGUAAACGGGAUAGCAGACAUCCCAUAAUAAACACAUUAUCAGGUAAUACAA